UACGCAACAUUGAGUAUCUUAUUCAAGCUCUGAGCAAUGCAUCUGGGCUAGACUACUCGUUUAUGAAAAUGUAACGUACUCCGAAUCCUCCAGCCUUCAUACAGUAUACAGCAUGCAUCCUAUAUCGCCCUAAAAUGAUGUAGUUACCAAGUGCGCUAAGCGCGACCAUCCCGACCUAGGGCAUCGUCAAAAUCAGUCCACGGCCCAUGCGAAUGGUGUAUGUGAGCCUCGCAUUAGUAGCAGGCACCAAGUUGCGGCACCCCCUGAGCGGUCCAUAAUCGCAAAAAUUGGGCCUAUCACGGUGACGAUCAAACAGUUCACACGUGGAUAUAUGCGCAGUGACAUUUGAAGCCUCGACACCCCACAACCAUUAAGUUUUAUUUCUGUUUUCGAACAUCUCUGGAGUUGUGCCAUUGUUGACAACCUGUCUCGCACGAGAUGUCACCAGAAGCACUGGCGAGUCUCCUCGAUGAGCCAGCUCUGGCAGCUCCGUCCGGUGUUACCGCAAAUUUUGAUAACCCACCGAAUAGCAAUACGCUGGCUUGGGUGGUAACGACUUUCUGUACCGUGGUACUCACAAUAUGCUUUCUCUUGCGAAUCUUUGCUCAAUUAUGGUUGGAUAGAAGGGUUGGUAUCGAGGAAGUGCUGAUGAUUGGUGCAUAUGGCGCCUAUUGGGGUACAGCUUACGCAGGGUAUGCCUUGAUCUACACCCCAGGGUAUUACGUUCAUAUGUGGAAUCUACACAACAAAGACCUCAUAAGGCCUCUUUAUCUUAUUCUCAUUUACGGAUGCUGUUACUCGACCGUCCUGCCUCUCAUCAAGACUGCAAUCCUACUAGAUUGGUGCAGAAUUUUCGUCCCUCUCAACCGCACAAGGAACGCCUUCUGGUGGGGAUGUGUCUCCGUGAUAACACUGCAAUGUGUAUGGGGUGUGCUGUGCAUCCUAUUAUUAAACAUGCAAUGCAGGCCCCACGAAGCUAUCUGGAAGUUCUAUCUUCCAAGUAAAUGCUACUCUCUUCCGGACGUGAUGCUCACCUCUGCCAGCGUCCAGGUCGCCUCAGAUAUCACCAUGUUCUUUCUCCCACAGCGAAUCAUCUGGCGUCUCCGAAUGAAUUGGCAAAAAAGAAUCGGAGUCUCAAUCAUUUUUGGCGUCGGUAUACUCGCCUCCGUCGCCGCAUGCUUCCGCCUCUCCCACACCGUCGCCUUCGCCAACACAACAGAUACCAUGUAUCUCAUCGGACCACUAUUAUUUUGGGCCUGUGGAGAAAUGACCUGCGGUUUCUUUAUCCUCAGUGUACCCUGCCUGUCAAAACUCAUCAUCGAAUCAGGACUGCCGCGUAGUGUGAAGCAAGCUCUCGGCUUUGGCUCAAAGCCCAGCGAACCAUCAUACGAGGGCUCGGAGCAACCACAUCGCUCGGGGCAGUCUGAUGCAUUGCGCUUACAUCCUAUGGGGCCGUGGCUGAAGGGCACAGAUACAAUUUGGUCUAAGAUAGGAGACGAAGACCAUGGCCAUGAUGUUCUGAGAAAUUCGGGAAAGUCGGAGUCUCAGACGAGUCUCCAUAGAGCACAAGCUGACGGUCGGAAUUGAUCCGGGCUUGCUUAGCGCGGUAUUCGAGUUAGGAGUUUCAAGGAAAUUCUGGUUAAAUUUAGAUUGGAUAUGGAAAUAUACUUGUGACAUACUUAGAGAAUAGAGUUACUCACAUCAUUCGAG